GACCGGGCGCGGGUGGGGGGGCGCCGAGUGGGGGUGGCGGCCAGCAUGCUGCUCGGCUGCGGCUCGGCCUCCCACACCCGCGGCGCCCGCAUCCUCGCCAGCAGCGCUGGCGGCCGAUCCGCAAGCGGCACCGGUGUCUGCUGCGGCGCUGGGUCCGAGCGCGCGGCGCGGGGCGGCGGCGGCUGCGGGGGUCCGGGCCCGGGCGGGGACCGGGGGACCCGGCAUGGCGCUACGGAGAGGCGGCGGGGCGCUGGGGCUGCUGCUGCUGAGCGCCGCGUGCUUCAUCCCGCCGAGCGCGCAGGUGAGGCGGUUGGCGCGCUGCCCCGCCACUUGCAGCUGUACCAAGGAGUCCAUCAUCUGCGUGGGCUCCUCUUGGGUGCCUAGGAUCGUGCCUGGCGACAUCAGCUCCCUGAGCCUAGUAAAUGGAACAUUUCUGGAAAUCAAGGACCGAAUGUUUUCCCAUCUGCCUUCCCUGCAGCUUCUACUGCUGAACUCUAACUCCUUCACGGUGAUCCGGGAUGAUGCCUUUGCUGGCCUUUUUCAUCUUGAAUACCUGUUCAUUGAAGGGAACAAAAUAGAAACCAUUUCCAGAAAUGCCUUUCGGGGCCUCCGUGACCUGACUCACCUUUCUUUGGCCAACAACCACAUUAAAGCACUUCCAAGGGACGUGUUCAGCGAUCUGGACUCCCUCAUUGAGCUAGACUUAAGGGGUAAUAAAUUUGAAUGUGACUGCAAAGCCAAAUGGCUGUAUCUAUGGCUGAAGAUGACAAAUUCCACCGUGUCUGAUGUGCUAUGUAUCGGUCCACCAGAAUACCAGGAGAAAAAACUCAACGAUGUGGCCAGCUUUGACUAUGAAUGUACCACCACAGAUUUUGUCGUUCAUCAGACUCUGCCAUACCAGUCGGUGUCAGUAGACACGUUCAACUCCAAGAAUGAUGUGUACGUGGCCAUUGCUCAGCCCAGCAUGGAGAACUGCAUGGUGUUGGAGUGGGACCACAUAGAAAUGAAUUUCCGGAGUUAUGACAAUAUCACAGGCCAGUCCAUUGUGGGCUGCAAGGCCAUUCUCAUCGAUGACCAGGUCUUUGUGGUGGUGGCCCAGCUUUUCGGUGGCUCUCACAUUUACAAAUACGAUGAGAGCUGGACCAAGUUUGUCAAAUUCCAAGACAUAGAGGUAUCUCGGAUUUCCAAGCCCAAUGACAUCGAGCUGUUUGAGAUCGACGACGAGACGUUCUUCAUCAUUGCCGACAGCUCAAAAGCGGGGCUGUCCACAGUUUACAAGUGGAACAGUAAAGGGUUUUACUCCUACCAGUCACUACAUGAGUGGUUCAGGGACACGGAUGCGGAGUUUGUUGACAUCGACGGGAAGUCACACCUCAUCCUGUCUAGCCGCUCCCAGGUCCCCAUCAUCCUGCAGUGGAAUAAAAGCUCCAAGAAGUUUGUCCCCCAUGGAGACAUCCCCAACAUGGAGGAUGUGCUGGCUGUGAAGAGCUUCCGGAUGCAGAACACCCUCUACCUUUCCCUCACCCGCUUCAUCGGGGACUCUCGGGUCAUGCGGUGGAACAGUAAGCAGUUUGUGGAGGUCCAGGCUCUUCCUUCCCGGGGGGCCAUGACCUUGCAACCCUUCUCCUUCAAAGAUAACCACUACCUGGCCCUAGGGAGUGACUACACGUUCUCACAGAUAUACCAGUGGGAUAAAGAGAAACAGCAGUUUAAAAAGUUUAAAGAAAUCUAUGUUCAGGCUCCCCGGUCCUUCACAGCCGUCUCUACCGACAGGAGAGAUUUCUUUUUUGCAUCCAGUUUCAAAGGGAAGACAAAGAUUUUUGAACAUAUCAUUGUUGAUUUAAGUUUGUGAAGGUAUGAUUGGAAGGAGUUCAAAGAUGUGUAGCGUUAGCUCUCACAAGAGAGACAGGACCAAGAAGAAAUAAUAAUAAUUAAUAAUAAUAAAAAUCAUAAAAUAAGUCCAGGCUCAGAGCUCUGAAAUUAAAAUUCAUAAUGCACUGGGGGAAAAUAGUUAGACAUUUUCAAACUUUUAGGAUUCACAUUUUAACCAGGGAUUGCGUUUUUUUUUCUUUUGGCUGAUUGCAUGACAGGCCCAUGCUGCUGUUAACAAGCGACAUCUUAAAGCCUGUAAAUUCCGAGGAGUGUAGCAUCUUCACCAUCUAGAAAGCAAUGUGCUUCUACUUUAUUUUCAAUAAGAAAGGGUAAAACAGACAAGAUGGGCCAGCCCUGUUAGCGAAAUCAAGAACGACAAGAAGCCCCGACCUGUCUAACCCCACCGACCUCUCCAAUCAUAUCUUAGCAGUCUUCAGCUAAGAACUGGUAAAGCCAAAGUGAGCUGAAAACAUUUGUUGAUCAUUUGCUUGAAAAUCUUAGAAUGUUUCACAGUGCUAUUUUGAGCCAUCCUAGUUUCCUGAAAGUCAUGGCCAGGCCAGUCUUCCAGAAUCUUCCUUGGAGUAGAACCUUGACUCUACCCUCAUCUGGGUUGAUCUCUUUCACGAGUAUGCUCACAGCUUAAUGUUUAACAUCGUUUCCUCUGCCUCAGAGAUAAUAUUCUGGUGACACAUGACUAGGCCAGCAUGGGAUGUGUCCAAGAUAAAGGAGUUUCCCUGUGUGUAUGUGUGGUUUUUUUUUUUUCCUGUGGUUUAAAGUUGACCCUUGAGGUGGCUGGAGCAAUCAUGUGUGUUUGAUGUCCUCCGUUGCUCACUCAAAUCUCUGAACCCAUCCUUUUAGUUUGUGGGUAACUGGCAGGCAGGCCAAAGGCUGACUGGUGCUUUUCAUCUGUCCCUUAGAGGGAUGGAACAGGUGUUUCCGUCUCCUGCGCAUUGGGGAGGGUUUUUGAAGUGAGAUUUUACGGAGUCAGAGGGCACUUUACUCAGAUCUCCAUGUGCUUUGAGACCCAGAGGGAGUCCUUUGAUUAUUGCAUGUCUUUGCCCUCUGGACAACUUAAUAUUUCAAGUAAUUGAUUGAAUAGCAACCUGCCUACCUGCCCACCUGCCCCCGCUUCCUCCCAGAAGAGUCCUUUGUUAAGUUGUAGCUAUUACAGUGGCUGGCUUGCACAGCCCUGCUGAAGUUUCUGCACAUACAAAAGUCAAAAUCUCAGCUUGGAUGUGUUAGACAGGGGCAUACCUCCCUCCUUCAGCACACUAGCCACAGGAAGCUCAGCCAUGCGCUAGUGUCGGGGUAUCUGGUAGAGCUUCAGGCAAGACCAGCUGGAACCAGAUGAGCUUAAUCUCAUAGGCCAGGUUUUUGUAUGGGACCAGGUGGCUUAUUUCAAAAUAGGCCUCCGGUGAGGACAGCAGGGAAGCUCUGGGGAUCUGGUUUUGUAGAUGAGAUGGUUACACAGUGGAUAUUCUAAGCAGCUGCUUUAGGGGAGUGUUUUGCAGAGAAACCCUGUCCUGCUGUAGUAUGAUGUAGUUUUUUAAUGGUCAUACUCAAGCUGUAGAUAGGGAGAGGGUACGCCACAAUUAUGAGUGUGUCUGUUGUCUCCUGACUGUAAGCAGCAGGGAAUGAUCAGUACACCACACUGGAGAGCUAUGCGUUGAUGAUAAUCAGCAUUCCUGGCUGAUGCUUCCAGCCUAGGGGACCAAGGACUGUAAUGAACUCUGGCUUUAUAGUGUGGCUGCUUAGACCGCUGGUGCUAAAUGCCAAGCCAAUAGAAAGAGUGGUCUGUUUUAAUUUUCUAAGCAUAAGUUAAGUUUUCUUCCCUUUCUUUUGCCUCCUUGGUUCAUUUGCUUUGACCAUGCGUUCCCAGCUCUCCAUAUUGGAGGCGGAAAGUGUGAUGUUUCUGCUAUUCCUUCCCCUGAAGAACUGGCGAGCCAUGUUCCUUCAUGCAUGGGUCCCCCCAGACAGGCUGGUAGCCCUGACGUCAGAUAGAAAUAACACGUUUGGUUCCCACCACUUGUAGAGGAACCCCACAGGGGCAUCUCUCAGAGUGCCACCUCUAUAGAGCCUUGCACCAGCUUCCCUGUGCUUCCUCACAAGAGUGAAGCCAGGGACUUGUCAUGGCCAUUGCUUAGAGUUCAGAAAGCCAAGAUACAUGGGGUUUGACUUGGGGGGUAGGGCAGGCUGUCAGAUCCAGAUGAAGCAUUUGGGGAAUGAAAAAGACCCCCGGUAGGUGGUGGGGCUGGGGUAUGAGAGGGUGGGCACUCUGCUCUGCUGCAAUCAAGUUUUCUUUUUAAGAUGAGUCUAGACAAGACUGGAGUCUGCAGCUUUCUGAGUCCUGCGCUAUGGGAGGAGAUAUUUGUUCUGGCCAACUUAGCGAAGGAACAUAGAUGUUCUUGGCAUAAGGUGGGAAGCUUUGCUUCAUUAAUCUUACUGCUCUCUCCCAAGGAUCCCUGAAGUUUUAAGCAAUUUCUGCAAAAUGCUUCUUCCAGUAAAAUAACAAAACUCACCCACGUAGCCAUACAAGAGCCCAAAGCAGAGAAAUGCAUAGGACUGUCCAGCUGAGGGGGACUGGUCCCCUCCUUCCUCUUCUCUUCCCCCUCCCUCCCCCUCCCUCUCUCCCUCUCUUCCUUCCUCCCUUCCCAUUUCUUCUCUCUUUCCUUCUCAACACCCAUCCACUGACAUCUGUCCUUUGUCUGCCUCUGCAGCUGAGUUCCUAAGAUGCUCCCUCCAAUCAGUCAUGUGGCUUUAAGGCCAUAACCUGAAAGCAAGGGUUAGUCCUCGGACUCCAUAGGAUCCGUAGUAGGUUUCUAUAAAGACUAAAAAUAAACCUUAGGGCUGACAAGCACUUCGUUCCUGGGCUGUGGAUAAGAUCAGCACAUCCCGGAAGCUUCUUGUCAUUCCCGCCUGUGCAUCUGUGUUCUGCUCAUGUGUCACAUGUAGCUCUUUGGUUUACGGAGGGCAGGUGUUAUUCUAAUUUCAGAGAGAAGGAAAUAGACACAGAACCAAAGUGGAUGGCCUGCCUGAGAUUAUCUAGUUUUAAGUAGCAAAGCUAGAACUUUCCCAUGGAGAGCAGGUGCAUUUUCUCUCUCGAGUGCUCUGCUGUGCCCACCCAAAAGACAGACUCUGUUACCAUGACAGUGAAGACAGCAGCAGUUCUUGUAGAUCAAGUAAAAGUGCAAGCAGAAUGAAGAGCCAGGGGGAAAGUCAUGCCUGACACACACAUUGUUCAAUCGUCAGUGCCAUCGAACAAUUAGCAAGCACCUCCGAACUAUGGGGCAUGCCUAGCUAGGCUUGAGAAAGCCUUCCAGAAGUGGUAGAUGGCUUCAGUUGUCUAGAGAGGAUUUCUAGCAGGCAUGGUUGUAUCUCCUCACACACAGUCACGGAGGGAAUGCUGAGGCUGGACACAUCUGGUUCUUGUCACAGUGUCUACCAGAUACGAUGAUUUCUAGGAGAGAAAUUAAAAACCCCAACUCAGGAGCAAUGAUGAAUUGCUCUGGGCCAGUGUUGUGUUGUUCUUCUCGUGGAAUGAGGUUGCACGUUCUUAGGGGUGAAAAAUCAAUGUGAGAUGCUACAAGUUGAGCUGCUAGGAGUGCUCACGAUGGAAACUUCUCUGGCUAAGGGAGCUCUAUGCAAACCAGAGGAAGGUCUGCAGGAGGGGCUCCAGUUGGCAUGCCACCUAAAGGAACCCUCGAGCCAGCUUCCUGACUCUUCGGCAGAAGAAUCACUCCUUGGGUGGCUUCACUCCUUGUGUGAUUGAAUAACUCUGGAAGGAAGCUAUUUCCUUAGGCAAUGCCAAGGGUUUUGUUCGACCAUGCACUAGAGCAGAAUCAGCAACCUAGCAGCAGGUGCAAAAAACAAGGUGGUUUAGAUCUGGGACACCGUGAGAAAAGUGGGAGAGAAAUGCAGGGCAGACGGUUAGGGAGUGAAUGCUUUGGGGGAAGGAGGAAUAAGCUUGAAAGAGUAGUCAUGAUUUCUGUGGCCUUAGCAGAGGAUAGAAUGACCAGGCAAAUCAGCAGCAUGCCAAUCAUUGAACUGUAAUGCUGAUUCAAGCAACAGUGACAUCACUGGGCCGCUGGGCUCUCCGCCGAGCACUCUGCUCUUUACCCUGUCUUCAUUGCCUGUGCCGGAAGCCACCUCUUUCUAGUGGGAAACUAUGCAUUCCCUAUCCAACCCCCUGACUAUCAGGAAUGUAUGAGAACUGUGAUAAAAUAGGCCAAUAUGCCAUUUGGUACUGUUUUUAUGUCUUUUAAAUGCACAACUUAGGUGAAAUAAUACUUUAUACGUGUAUGGAAGUAAGUUUUACAGUAGGCAGACAAUGACAGAUGUGUUUUAAAGUUGUAUCUACUUUAGCUCUUUUUGGAAAAUAGAUUGGACACAUGAUAUGCCUCUUAAUUCUAUAUAUUCUGUAAUCCUGUGAAUAAAAAGUAGUAAAUGCCUAA